AUGUUGCAGACCAGCACGGUGGGGACGGCUGGUCCCAGUAGUCUGCAGCGGGUAGAACGCCUGAGUUUCUAUAACCACACGGAAUGUGGUUGCGUGGAUCGGAACUCGGAGCUGCUGUCCCGCGACCGCGCGCAGGCGCUGCGCAAGAACAGCCGCGGCCUCUUCCAAGUGGGCCUGCAGCAGCGGGCGGAGCGCGCCCCGCAGCUGCUCAUGAGCUGCCACUGCCCCAGCAAGUAUGCAGUUCGUCCAACAUCCGAUGGAUCCUGUAUAUGUGAUUGCUUUGAUAAACAUCGUGAAUGUCUGCGAUUGAAGAAAGGGAAGGAGUAUUUCAGCACACAUGAUCGGCAGUGUAUUCAAAAGUCAGAGUGCAAAGUACCAGCAUGUGAAUUUGGUUCGUACUUACGGCUUGCUGGCCGGUGCCCCAAGAAACGUGAAAGAUUUGAAGCUUGGAAUCAAUAAAUGUCUAAUGAAGUAUUAAACCCGUAUCAUUUAUCUGUGUCAGUGUAAUGUCAGUGUUCUGUGAUGUACAGAGGACUUGUGAGCAGUGAAGAAAUGCUUUCUUGUAUUUUUCUAGACUCAUUCGAGAAGAAAGUGCCUUAGUGCUAGUUAUAUGAAAGCAAACUGUGUAUGUUUAGUAAUCCAUUUUAAUAUCGGCAACUUGUUUUAUAUUUUUUGCAGUUACUGUUAUUUCGAAAAUGCAUUUAUUUAAAAAGAGCAAAGAAGGAAUAAACAAAACUAAGAACUACAAUGUGUUUUUUAUUUGUAGAAUUGUGCAUGAACUUGACAUUCCAUCAUUUGAUAAGGAAGGUUUGGCUCUUCUUGGAAUCUAGUGUCUAUGUUCACAUACCAACUACAUCUAUUUUCAUUUCCUCACACUUAAAUUGCUCAAUGUAAUAUUUCAGUUUAUAUCAUUCAUUAGUGUGUAGUGUGUAUUUAUACAUUUUAUAUCAUUGAAACUUUCGUUGUAUGGAGGAUGAAUCCUAACAUUUUCAGGGAUUUUAUAGCUAUAUAUAUAAUCAAUGUGUGGUAUAAAUAUAAUUUUUUCAUCCAAGGAAAUGUCAAGAACUUUCAUUCUAUUAUAGUAUUGUCAACAGUAUAGUUAUUAACUAAAGGGGAUUUAUUAAUUGUAAAAGUAAUUACUUUAUUUUUCAUUGGGUUACUAGCAAGUGUUUUUUUGUGCCCCAUUGUUGAAAUGAGUUGAGAUAAUUAAAUUGAAUUAAGAUUGAUUUUCAAGGUAGUAACCAUUUAUACACCUGUCCUCUUAUUUCAAUAACAUAUCUUUUGUUUUAUGAUAGAAUGGUCAACUCUAUCAAAUGCCUUAGGAAAAUCAGUGUAGAUUGCAAACAUGCUUUCUAUUGUCAAGUUCUUGUUGAAUAUAAUUUUCAUAAAUCAAGAGAUUGGUUGUGGUAUUUUAAAUAGUUUGAAAACCAUGUCGCUUGUCAUUCAUGUAUGUACUCUUCUAGUUAGGAAACUAAGAAUUUACAAAUAAAUGUUUUCAAGAAUUAGAGGGAUGAUUUUUUAUAGUGAAAUAGGUGUAUAAAUGCAUACACAUGAUUCAUCACCUGCUUUAUAGAUAGAGAUAUAAUGGAAUAUGAUCUUCAGGUAAGGAAAUCAGAAACAGCCGACUUGUUAUUCAGUUCCUUAAUGUGCUGAAGUAUUUCAAAUUUUUGUAUUUCAAAGAAAGAAAUGUUAAGACGAUUGUUGUAUAAGUAAUUAAAAC